AUGGAUGGGGACCAGCUUGGUGGACAAUAUGGCUAUAGUGAAAGAGCUUAUUUAACGCCUGAUGAUGAUUAUAAUAGGGAAAAAUCUCAAAAUGCAUACGAAUACUCUGAAGCUUUUGCAGAUCAAUCUAUAAGAUUAGGACUACAGAAAACACAAGCAUCCAAACAUAUUGUAGUUGUAACAUUUAGGGUUUAUUGUCUAUUAUUCAUUCAACUGUUGAUUACUUGCGGAAUUACAGCGCUGUUUAUAUUCGUGAAGCCCAUCCAAGAAUUUAUUCAUCAAAAUAUGUGGAUGUAUAUUUUGGGAAUAAGAGAGAUCCCUUAUAACUACAUCUGCCUUUUAAUUUAUACAUUGAUUAUGUCAUUUAUGGUCGGCACUAUUGCUAGCUAUUUCAAAGUCAGCGCAGUUAUGAUAGCGUUUGGGAUUGUUUCGAUUGUAGCAUUUGUUAUUACGAUCUUUUCUCUACAGACAAAGAUGGAUUUUACGUCACAAGGUGGAUUAUUAUUGGGAUUAUUGGGUGUUUUAAUGGGUUUUGGAUUCUUUUGCAUCUUUUUCUAUAACAGGAUACUUUAUAUCGUCUACGCCAGCAUAGGGGCAUUUAUAUUCACUUUGUACCUGAUAUAUAAUACACAGCUGAUGAUGUGGGGCCAAAAACGAUAUGCUAUUUCUCCAGAAGAAUAUAUUUUCGCAACUUUAAAUUUAUAUAGUGAUAUUGUCAACCUGUUCAUUAUGAUAUUAGAAAUCAUUGGCUUAGCUGAAGCACGUUAA